AUGUGCAGGUUCCUGGUAUACCGUGGAAGUGAUGAGAUCCUUCUUUCCAAGCUCAUUCUGGACCCUACACAUUCCAUCCUUAAGCAGUCUUUCGACUCACGCUUGAGAUUGGACACUCGGAGGGGACAGAAUAACGCAGACGGUUUCGGCAUCGGCUUCUAUACGGACCCGAAACUGGGCCAAGCGCCUUGCCUAUUCACAUCGACGAUCCCCGUUUGGAACUGCACCAAUCUCCAUCGAAUUGCCUUCAAGACCGCGUCCCGUCUCAUAUUCGCACAUGUCCGAGCCACGACUGAAGGAUCCCUGAGCGAAGACAAUUGCCACCCUUUCUGCCAUGGCAGCCUCAUGUGGAUGCACAACGGAGGUCUAGGAGGCUGGAAAUACAUCAAGAGGAGGCUCGCCGAGAGACUGGCUGAUAAGUGGUACUUGGGCGUUUCUGGCGGCACCGACAGCGAAUGGGCGUUUGCCCUCUUUCUCGACGCGCUUGAGCGGAUGGGUCACGAUCCCAGCUCCCAACCCGAGAACGGCUUUGGCCCCACCGUUCUCCGAACAGCCGUGUUGAAGACGAUCGCUCUGAUCAACGAACUCAUCGAUCAAAUCCCCGAGAGCACUAUCCAAGCGGAAAACGUGGAUACCAGAAGCUUGCUCAACUUUGCCGUCAGCGAUGGUCACAGUAUCAUCUGCACGCGGUACAUCAACAGCGCCACGGACGAGGCGGCCAGUUUAUAUUACUCGUCCGGGACGGAAUGGGAGAGGAGGACCACGUCUCCGAGUGACACCAACUAUCAGAUGGAACGUCGUGACAAGGGAGCCGAUAUUGUCCUCGUCGCUAGCGAACCGUUGACCUUCGAGAGAGAGAACUGGGUCAAUGUCCCCACCAACUCCAUCCUAACCAUCCAUAACCAGACCGUCAUGGUGCAUCCCAUCAUUGACAGGUUCUAUGACCGGAGUCCCUACCAUGUCAGGUCAAGUGCCUUUGUGCAAGCCAAAGGCCUGACGGCGAAUGAAAAGACAUCCAACAUUUUAGCGACGUCCAUGCCGAACAUGUCCACAGGUUCCGAAGUCUCCCAAAAGAAGAUUCUCGGCCCGACAAUACCUUUUGGUGUCUCUCACGGCCGCGUAACGGGAGACGCAACAGCCUCUGCUGUCCCCAGGCUGCCCAAGACCAGAUCGGCUACUGGGCUGCGCGAUCUGUCUGCUCCUCCCCCGGCGGCGGAUAUAAGAUCCGUUACGCCUCUAUCGGGAGCGGGAGGUCAGACUGCCGCGCCACGCCCUCAAGUGCAAGGAAACAUCAAAGUAAAACGGAGAUCUCUACCGUCCGCCGAAGAAAUCCAUUCUGCCGCGGAUGAUAGCGACUCGGAAAAUGUGGCGGGGGACCCAGGACAGGGGAUCGGUCACCCCAACAAGCUGUCGAGAUUUUUUCCCGAACUCACCAUGAACAUGUCCUCUUGA